AUGAGUCCUGGAAAAGUCAGGGACGACAUUGCGACAUUACCUAUGACAUUUUGUGAGAUAGGGUUCUACGGCAACGUCGUUCUUGGACCUGUCUCACUCUCGAUUCAAUCGUACUGCGCCGCUCUGUCACGUUAUGCAAACAGAAUACGGAAGAAGGUGAACAAGGUGCAUCCAGAUCAGCCAGGAACCAUUUUGGAUACCCAACGGGCCAGUGAGAGCGUUUGGAUUUCGAAUUUCCCGUCUCCCGUCGGCGCCGAGCACCGAGCGGCGAUUUCCCCCUCGGACUUUUCUCUCUCGACCAACUACCUUUUGCAUCAGGAUGAGCAUGCUUAUUCUCUCUUCACCGUCUUCUCUUUCCCCCUGUCCUCCCUCUCUAUGUACACUACUGUGGUAGGCUUCUAG